AUAAAUUGCAAGCAACGCUGGUGGAUAAACAAUCAGCCUUGCAAGUUCCAAGGCCGGCUGUUGCGGUGCAUCAGUGCUGCAGUAGUCUAUUAUCAUAUUAUGUCUGUACAGUCUGUCGUUCGGGGUCGAUUGCCAAUUUGCCAACGUUCCAUUCAUACGGGGGGUCUCCCGGUCUCCGAAGUGGUGCUCCUGGCCAACAGAGCCAUAGCUUUUGGCUUUCCGGUCUGCCAAAGGAGCUGUCACCGCUGUGAGUCUGCCCAAUCAAUCAAUCACUGCCCCGGACGUGUGGUGAAUGAGGCGACGGCGCUACUUAAUAGGUCAUCAAUAGCCGGGCUUCACUGCAGGCUGCUGACGUGGCAGACUUAUCUAAUCUAAUCUGAUCCAAGUGGUGCUGACGCGUCAUCCGAGAACCACCGCGAUGAAGCCUGCCCAGCGAUCGGCAACGUCAUCCUCUCGAAGCUCGUGGAGGAGUCCUCUGCCCCUGGGCGUCAUGAUUGCCCUCCUCCUGCUUCUGCUGGCCCUGCUCAGCUCGCUGAGCAGUGCCGCUGCAGCGAUGCACGCCAGCGAUCUCGGUGAUUACCCAGGUGUUGCUGGUAGCCAUGACGGUCAUCAAGCUGAACUGGCUGCUGAAUCAGAUGCUACUCAUCACCAACAAGGUCCAGGCUAUGGCGGGCCCAGUGAUGGUGCAAGCCCAAACGAUAGAACUGCGGACCUGUCGGCUCGUCGCAGUCUCCGCUGCCAUUGUAAGUGGUGGAAGGAGUGCUGCAGGCCCUUAUAGUAUAGUAUCGGCUCUCCUGCAGUUCUUUCAGAAGAAAAGAAAAAAAAGGUAAUAGCUCCUGAAGGAGAGUGACGGUGGGCUAUGACACUACACAGCAUACUAAAGGUAUCUGGACCUGUUCGAGCUCCGAGACAUUAUAAAUGUUGGAUCAGUCCAAAUGUAUUUGGUCUACAAAUGCUGAGUAGUGGAGCACCUGAGCGACGACGUCCAUGGAAGGCGGAAAAAAAAAGAGAGCGUCUCCCAACGGAGGAACUCGGAAUGAGACCCAGAUUCAAUUUGGGAGCGUGUGUGUCUUUGACAUUGUAUGUGUGUGUGUGUGUGUGGGUGACAGCCGGUGAUGACGAGCACCAGGACCAGAACCAGGACAAAACUUCUCACGGCGACCGCCGCAUCCUCCGACUCUGGGAGUCUGAAUUCGGGACUCAGAAUGCCGGAACCGGAAUUGUGGGACCUGAAUUUGGGACACUGAAUGCUGGACUUAGGUGUGCGUGAGUGACUGUAUGAUGACCGGGACAAAAUUGCCUCCUACUGAGGCACUCUUAGUUUGGGAAUUGGAAUGUGUGACUCGAAAUUGCAAUUGACUCACUCGCGGGGCGCAGCCCGUAAGUGUGUAGCGGAGGGAUGGGCUGUAUGAGGCCAGGGGCCCAGUUGCAGUUUAGACAAUGGCCUUGUAGUAGCUAUAGGGAGGCCCAGUACAGGAGGUCUAACAGUGCGGCUGCGGGCAUUGCGCGUGCCCAGUUGCAGUUUAGACAAUGGCCUUGUAGUAGCUAAGGGGAGGCCCAGUACAAAUUUCGUGGGGGUGUCUAACAGGGGGGCUGUAUGAGCUCGGGGGGUUCAGUGGUAGCCAAGGGUAAGGCGUAGUGGUACGUGGAGACGAAGCUGUACCAACCUGACCCACAUUGUCAGCAACCCGACCCAAACCAUGCAGCCAUGUUUUCUGCACCUUCUCGUAUGCUUUUCAUUUCAUGAACGUCCAUCCUUCAUUCCUGAUAUAACAACACCCCUUCCACGACCACACUGUAGUAUUGCCAUGCACCAGCCUCAUGACCACACCAACUGUUCACAGAGAUGACCUAGGAGGUGGGCAGGCAUAUUGCUCUUCAGUGCUAGGAGGUGGGCAGGCAUAUUGCUCUUCAGUGCUAGGAGUUGGGCAGGCAUAUUGCUUUUCAGUGUUGUUGACAGAUCAUGAAGAGUGACGCCAAUAGGGAACCAAACAGCAUUACGCUUCAGACAUGAUGAUAUGGACAAUAUCGCGAAAGAUAAGAAACGAGUGUGUAUUGGGCGAAUCCGAUGUGCUUGCCAGUGCAAUGUAGUUUGUGCU